CAUUUAUUUUAACGCUUUAACCUUUCUGUUUCACAACCUUUCUGUUUUACAACCAAUCGCUAUUUCUGUACAGAAUUCACGGUGAAACUAAAUGGUCACCCUAGUCUUAACCUUAACCAAAUUUAAAUAAGUCAACGCUCCAUAGUUUGAGAGACACUGGUGCUUUCUCGUACCUGUAGGUACGACCGUGAUGUUUAGCGUGGUGUGUAUAGGUAUAGUAAUUGUAUUCGUGUAUUCAUGAACAUUCCUGUUUCGUUGCGCAUGCGUACCUGCUAUGGCUCCUCUCGGCUGAUCGUUUUCGCGUUAUGGUUCAGUCGUGCUUUCGUUUAGUUUGUCCACGAUUGCCACGAGAUCGUUGUGUUCGUUCCGUCUGCCGUUUGAAAUUCGACAUUUGUUUAACUAUUUUGUUUUGACGGGUACAUCUGUCUGUUGCGACAAGUACGCUAUUAUUGUGACGGUUUUUUUUAUAUGCGUCUACUAGAUCGUGGUUUGGUGUGUACAGGUGUUUAUCUUAGGUGACAGUUAGGAAGGUGCAUCUGCCUCGGAUUUUGUCUCUUUUUCCAUGCUCUGUACCUUCCGCGUUGAAGCGGCUGUAAUUGACUUGUUCGUUUGAUUGUAAUUGAUUAUUCGAAACUGAAGAAUAUCUCGGUGUCCGAAUUUCUUUGGGGUUACCUAUUGUUCGGUUCAAGUAGUGACCGGUUCUACCGGUGCGGCGCGUCCUCUGAUCGAAGGAGCUCUCUCUCUCGGUGAUCCCUCUCUCUGUUUUCUUACCUCAUCGAGUUUCGUCUCCAAUCUGGCCGAUAACGAAGAAUGGUAAGCUCCCGUUCGCCAGGCGUAAAUGUCUCACCCGCUAACAGCGUGGCUACAUCGCGUGUCGUCGUGUCCGACAGUGACGUAGCUCGUGAUGGUGACGCCAUCUUAACGAGCGGCCGGCAAUCAUAUCACGCAGAGAACGAGGGUGGUCGCGUAAACGGAACUUCUGCCGAAUGGAGCCAAAGCGGUCCGCCCUCGCUUUCUAUGCCGGCCGACCUGCAGAAUCUGGACAACCCAAAUUUCCAAGAUUCUGGCCAUUAUUCAGCUAGUCCUGAACAUACCGAUGCUGCUUCUACACCGUCGUGCGACGUUAAAACUGUCAGAAACGACGAAGAAGAGAGCUACGAAGCUUUCGGGUCGGUCGAAGGUGACGCCGAUGACGGGGUGGAUUCACCGGGUGGUAGCAGUUCUGCACCCUCACCCACCGGCACCAAUUCUCUGAGAAAUCCGAGGAGCCCCAAUUCAACUAUAGGAAGGCAUUCUUGGUUAAGAACCUCACUUAGGCGGACACCACCCUGUUCCGGAAGGAAGAGACUUAGUUCAAAUGCGUUAGCAAGUCAACUUUAUCGAAGUAGCAGUUUUAACAGCUCUGGCAGAGGUUCCAACUGUGAUCCCGCGGACGAUAUGUACAGCGAUGUUUCCCUCGAGGAUGAUGUCAUUGAUCUCAAUCAUAGAGUUCAAAUGAUCCAGGAACAAAUGCAUGCCUUAGUAGACACUCAGUCGGUCGGGGAGGAGCGGUAUGCUAGGGCAAAACAGGAAAACGCUACGUUGCAGGCAAGAAUAUUAAUGUUGGAAGAAGCUGCCAAAGAUGCUGAAGCUAGGGCUGAAGAGAGACUUCAGGCAGAACAACGAAGGCAUAGAGAAUGGGCAAGUCGUUUGGAACGUGAACGACAGUUACAGUUAGAAAAUUAUGCCAUUAAAUUACAAGCAAUAGAAUUAGAAGGAUCUAGUUUAAGAGAUGAAAUAGGAAGGUUACGAGAACAAGUCGAAAAACUGAAAACAGAGAAGAAUCGAUUAGAAAAUGAUCUUGAAGAAGCUAGAAGAGAAGUAGAUACUUUACGUGAAAGUGAACGUCAAGCAAUAAGUCGAGCUAAUGAAGCUCACUAUCAGCUUGAAGUUGCUAGAGAAGAACUUUCAAUAAAAAUUGAAGAUCAGCAAAGGAUAGAAGAAUUAGUGCAACAGGUUGCACAACUUCGAGCUCGUAAUAAAAGUCUUGAAGAAGCACGGGAUGAACUACAAGCUGCAGCGGCUCUGCAGGCAGGCCAUGAACUAUUAAUGUUAAAUCCUUGUAAUAAUACUGCUGAAAAAGGACCUAGUCUCGCUGUAGAAUUAUUAGCUGGCAUGAAUCAAGACCAAAUGGAUGGACAAAUUCCUGGAGAUAAUGGUGAACCUUGUAGUAUAUCUGAAAUGAGACAAGCUUUAAAGGAACAACAAGAGGUUAAUACACAUUUAAGGGCGUACAUCGAAGGAAUUUUAUUAAACGCGGUUGAAAACUAUCCUCAGUUGUUAGAAGUGAAACAAACUCAUUGAACUGUUACGUGAAUAGCUAACUAUUGAAUUUAAUGUUAAUUGUUUAAGGCAGUUGUACAUUACACUUCUUUGUCGGAGCUCUUACUUAUAGGCUAAUAUAAGCAGUUUUGUCAUAACUGUAUGGAAAUAUUAGGAAAGCAAUUUCCGUCCAGCCGAACUUAAAAUUUUAGUAAAUUAUUAUGGUCGUUAAAUUAAAAAUUUUCACUGCCAUUGUGAUUACUUUAAUUGUACAAUGUUUUUACUAAAGGCAGUGAACAUACUAAAACGUUAUAAGAAAGAAAUAGUGCAUGAAAAUAAAAUAAAAAACCAUUAAAAGUUUUGUAUUAUCCGAGUACUGAAACUUGGAGCCUUGUAAUGUUGCCUUUAUAGAAAUGUUAUAAAACUUUUUUAAAAA